AUGGCAGAGAAAGAUGCCUCUGCACGACUACGCAGAGCUGUCCAAGAGAACAACCUCUUCCUCGUGAAGCGGCUCAUACAACGCACCGACAUGCGCAACCCCGACCCCGUGCACAAACGGUUCACUUCGCUAGCUUGGGCGGCCGUACUUGGGCAUGAAGAGACUUUCGAAUUCCUGCUGACUGCCGGUCACGAUGAUGAGGAGUUAAGCAAAGACUCAGAGUUUAACACGAUAUUAACCCUUCUUGCCGACUUGAAACCUCCCUCGACUGGACCUUACUCUACGAAGUGUUCAAAUCCCGAUCUCAUGGGAGCCGCCCUACGCAUGGCUAGGAUGUACCACGAUCGCUACCCAUUUGUCCUGGAUUGGGCGAAUUCCAGAGGGAGGACAGCUUUGCACGUAGCUUCCCUUCGUGGUAAUGAGGAACUCGUACGAAUGCUGUUGGACUUGGGCGCAGACUAUGACUUGGCCGAUAACGAAGGAAACACGCCACUGCACUAUGCCAGCGCGUGGGGCCAUAUACCUAUCGUACAACUGCUGAUCGAGCGAGGUUGCCAUUAUUUAGCUCGCAACAACGACGGGUUUGAUGCGGCAGAUUAUGCGUACUCGUACGUGUAG